AUGAAGGAGAUUGCGUACGACUACCAUGUGCCAUCUUGGUCAUGGAUGGCAUAUAGUGGAGGCAUUCAGUUUAUGGACAUUCCCUUGGGCGAAGUUGAUUGGAUUGAUCACCUCCGGUUCGACGAGGAGCGCGAAUACGGCCAUGCCAUAAUCGCCAACUUAUGGACAUUUCAGAACUGUAUGAUUGAAGUUCAUGAGGCACAGCAUGCAGUCUUGGAUCCUAGUAGAGUGAAAAGAGGGUGGAUGCAGUAUGACGUUGAGGGCGGUGAAGAUAUUCGCAAAGAAGAUUGUGUCGUUAUGGGAAGGCGAAGGAAGAGUAACAGUGACAUUGAGGAAUACUACGUACUGGUUGUCAGGUCAACUAGCGUGGAUGGUGAGUACAGGAGGGCUGGUGUUGGCUUGAUACAGAGUGACUACGUGGUAGCACAGAGGACCAACAUACGACUCGUGUGA